AUGGCCGCUUCCCUCCUCAAGGCUAUCCCCUCCGACCCAGAUAAAUUGAACGAUUUUUCAGCCUAUCUUUCAGGAAAUCAUUGCCUAGAAAACCUACAAUUCAUCCAAGACGCAUCGAGAUACCGAGAUUGUUACACGGAAACAGUCGGAGCUAGUCAGUCCCCAUGGGUAUCUGUAAGGUGCGAUUACGAUUACCUGCGGGCACUAUGGGAAGAUCUUCUGGAGAAUUACAUCCUUCCUAAUGGACAUCGCGAGGUCAACCUUCCAUCUGAAGUUAGGGAUCGACUUCUUGGAUUCUGUUCUUCUGACUUGCUUCCACAUCCUUCGGAAUUGGACGGUGCUGUCAAAAUUGUCCAUGAACUCAUCGAGGACUCGAUCCUACCUGGCUUCCUGAACUCUCAUAUGUCACCGAAGCAAUCAGACGGCGGAGUACGUGGUAGCCUGAAGCGAAUUAGCUGCAGCCUUCGGCGGAAGAUCUCAACGGCCUUUCGGAUUCGGACCUACUGA